AUGGGGAAUUUUUAGGGGAAAGUGAAACUUAAUAAAUAUGGGCGUAUUGUAGCUAAUGAAGAUGAACCAGGACUGAAACAUGAAGAUAUUAAAUAUAACUACUAGGGGAAUUAGAUCAUGAAAUCAAGCGUAAUUAGAGUUAAUAACUCACAAUCACCACCAAAGAAGCAAAGGAACUUAUCAAGCUAAAUAAAGAAUUCAAGAGUUUAAAUAAAUGAGUUGAGUUUAGUCAAAGAUUAGAACGAUUCUUUAAUACAAUUAGGUGGAUUCAACAAAUAAUAGAUAAAAAGCAAAUUAAGAAGCAGCUCGAAAAUGGAAAGAAGUUUUAGGUAUUUUAAAGAAGAAGAGCAAAGAACUGAGAGAAUAAAUAGGGAGUUGGAAAAGCGUAGCUAUUUAAAUGAGAAGUAUUUCAGAUAGCUUGAUGAAAUUUCAUAGGCUAUGAAUUUCGUUACUGUAUCAUUUGAAAUUGAUUAAUUUAGUAUGGUACCUUUAAAUCAUUUGGCUAACUUUUGCAAUCUAAGUGAAGAUAUGAAGAAUCAAAAUUUCGGUGAUGUCUACAAUAAGCAAAAUCAAUCCAAGAUGUAGAAGUAGAUGAAAAAGCAAUAGGAUGAAUAGAAGUAAAAGAAUGAUAACAUUAGCCAUUUGCUUAGAGAAAAGAAAGAAUUGAUAUAAUCUUUAAUUUCAAAUCAUCAUUUAGAAGAAAGCGCAAAUUGCGAAAAAAGAGGAGAGCCAAACUUUCUUAAAAUAUCAUAGAAAUUAAUCAAUAAAUAGCAAGAAAAUUAAGGCAUCACGUAAAGCAUUAAUUAAUAUACUCGUCCUGUUGAGAGUUAUAUUUAUCCUACCCCAGAAAGUUAGUUGAUAUCAAAAGGAGUGUUUUUAAAUCAAUAAAAUCAACAAAAUAGUUAACAUGACAUUAAUUUAGUCUAUUUAGGUCUUCCUUAAAUUGUUUCUCAGAGAAUUUCAAGUAGAGAUGAGUAGAGCGCUUUACAAAAUAAUAUAAGUAAUAUAAGUAUUGACAGCUAAAUGAGAUAAAGACAUUUACAAUAGCAAAAUUUUAUUCAAGAUACUGCAAAUUAUAUUAGAAUAGAAGAAUAGAUCAUGAACUCUUCAAAGUCAAUAAAUAAAAAAAAAAGCAUACAUGAAAUGAUUGAGGAAAAGAAAAAUUCAUCACACUUAAACUCAUAGCAUAAUAAUAUCACUCAAAAACAUAAAUCAGAUCAAAUUAAUCAAUUAAAGUAGUUUCAAUAAAGCUAAAUUCUAAAUAGCUAGAAACUUAUUCACAAUGGUGAAAAUACCUUUGGAAAUAAUCAUAAAUUUAGGAGUUACAGUGAAACUAACAUUCCAGCUAAAAAUUUUGAGCAAGCACUUGACAUUUUUGAAAAGAGUGCUCUAAAUUCACAGUAAUUUGCUAUUUAAAAGCAAAUAGAACACGAAUAAAAGCUAUCUUUAAGAUAGUAGUAAAUCCAACAAUAGCAGGCUAUAAACUUACAAUAGCAGCAGUUAAUUCAAUAAUAGUUAUAAUAAUAAUAAUAAUUUAAUUAAUAAUAGUAAACAAAUAUCAAUUAAGCUUAGCAAAUCUUUAAAGAUGGUAAUGAUUAAUAAUAAUUGUCUGAGUAAUAGAUAAGAGAUUAGUAUCAGAGAUUCAGCCUGAACGCAAAUAAAAUAGAAAAUACACCCCAGUUCCGUAUUAGCUCUGGUUAAAACAUGCUUUCUAUUUCUGGUAAGUUUGGACUUUAGUCGCAUAGCACUACUUCGAAUGAGUAUUAAAGUAGUAAAGGGAAUGCAAGUCCAAAUAUUUUGAAUGCUUCAGAUAGAAUAAAAUAGUAACCAAGUGACUAUGCUAUUUCUUCUGAAGAAAACGCUAUUUAACUGCAACAUAUAAUGGUUGAUACAGAAGAAGCGGGAACUUAAACUAAUGAAUCUCUUAGAUUAUAGCCUCAUUUGAAUUAUUUUAAUAAGCUCCAAUAACAAAGAAUGUCAAGAUCAACUUCAUCAAAUAAUAGAAAAUUUUUCCAUCCUCUAGUAAUAGGUUCAGAUGAAAAGUAGAGCUAUUAAAGGCUUGUAAAUAAAUUAAAGAAUUUUUAUACAUAGCAGUCAAAAUUUUUGUUUGAUACGAUUACUAACAAGACUUACAGAGAAUAUAAGACGAAUUAAACAGAGAGAGAUUAAUCGUUAAAAAAAAAGACUAAAAAACAAAAAAAAAUACUUUAAAUUAAUUCUAAACCUAAGAAAAAAUAUACAGAAAAUUCAUAUGUGGAUCUACAUAGAUAAUAAAAUAAUGUAUUAAGCAAAGAAAAUUAUUAAAAUGAUAGACAAUAGCGCAAUUUCAAUAGCUUUAAUAGUAAUCACUCAACUUCUAAUUUAUAAAAUUAGAGUUUUAAUAAAUUAAUAGUAAUUAACAAUACCUUAUCUUCCCACAAUUAGGAUAAUAAUAGAAAAUACAUAAAUUAAAAUAACAAAAAUUUAUCUAUAUCUCCAUCUAAUUACAACGACCAUUAACAUAUGAGCAGUAGUCGUGUGUAAUCUCAAUAAAAAAACUAUAUAAAUUAAGAUAUAGAGCAAAGCAAUCCUGUAUCUUUAUAAAAAAGGAGCAGUUAAAAAAGCAAAGACAUAAUGUCAAAAUCAACAUAAUCCACCUAGCGAAUUUAGUCAGCUAGAGAAGGGUAUAGAUCGAUGAGUCGUUCUUCUGAAGAUAUAGAGUCUAGUCCACCAAAGUAUUACUAGAAGUAACAAGCUAUUUAUUCAAGUAAUUUUGAUGAAAACGAGUAAUAUGAAGAAGAUGAAAACAUCAAUUAAAAUUCAAAUACUAUGAAUAUUUCUUCUAAUACGACUUCAGAUAUUCUUGCUCCCAUUCAUAUUUCUCUUGGUGUAUCGCAAUUCAAAAAGAAAAGCGCAAAUAAUUCUGCUAUUUAAGACUCUUAAUUAAUAUCUACAAAGUAAAAUCCACAAAAAAAUUAAUUUUUAGAAAAUACUAACCAAACCGGUUUAUAUGAGUUAUCAAAAAAUAAUUACAAUAAUAUAGUAACCCAAUAAUCUUACGCACAUAAAGACUAGUAGGUUAAUUAAAAGUAAAUGAGAAAAUAGGAUUUCUUCAAACAGUAAAACUAACCUGAUAAAAUUAACUAGCAGAUGAAAGAAGGUUUUAGUUCUAGUACUCAAUUAAAUUAAGUAUAGCAUUUCGCAAAUGAUUUAAAUAAAGAAGAUGAUUUUAUUGAAAGAUAUAUUUAUCAGAGUUGCUAAAAUAGUGAAAAAAAAUAAGGAGAGACGCACUCAAUUAAAUUAAGUAAAGUAAAUUAAAAGGAAGACAUCAAGAAAAAAAAUAAGCAAUUUACCACAAAAGCAAAUAAUAGAGAAAUAAAUUUAGAUUAUUCUCCUGGAGUGAGAGGUGACAAUGAUAAUAUAAAGCUAUAACAAGCUAAGUAUUUUUAAGAAUUAAAGAAUAAAUACACUAACAAGUAUAAUAAUAAAUCAGACAAAAUAAUUAAACAGUGA